ACGACUUCAAGAUCAGUAAAUUUAGAAAAGAAUUUCAAACAGGCGCCCACUUAUCUUAUGUCUUAAAUUCCCUUGAAGCACUGUGACAUUUUCUCGCAAACAAACCUGAAAUAGAAGUUGUGUGGCAGAAGUGCUUAAACUGAACAAGAAUUGCUUCUUUCCCUCUCACACACAUGUUUGUGUUGAAGGAUUGGGGCCCUUUCUGGAUGGGAAAGAUGGAAUCGGAGGGCCAGUGGUGGAAAAGCCAGCUUGCAGCGGACAUCCACCAGGCUCUGCGAAUUAAGGAGCUGAAGUUGCCAACGUACCAGGCCCAGUCUCCACAGAUUGGGAUGCGGCGGUACUUUGCCGACCUGCUCGCUGUUCUCAGUAACCGGUACCAGCUGUGCCCCACAGCACGUCACCUGGCCGUCUACCUGCUUGACCUCUUUAUGGACCACUAUGAUGUAGCGGUGCGGCAGCUGUAUGUCAUCGCCCUCUCCUGCCUCCUCCUGGCCAGUAAGUUUGAGGAGAAAGAGGACCGUGUGCCCAAACUGGAGCAGCUGAACACUCUGGGCUUCAUGUGCAGUCUGAACCUCACCCUCAACAAACGUGACCUCAUCAAGAUGGAGCUGCUGCUGCUGGAGACGUUCGGAUGGAACCUGUGCAUGCCCACACCGGCCCAUUUCAUUGACUACUACCUCCACGCUGCUGUCCAGGAGGGGGACCUGCACAACGGCUGGCCCCUCUCCUCCAUGUCCAAGACCAAAGCCUUCAUGGACAAAUACACGCACUACUUCCUGGAGGUUUCGUUGCAAGAUCAUGCUUUCCUGAGCUUCAGGCCUUCUCAGGUGGCAGCUGCCUGCAUAGCUGCGUCCAGAAUCUGCCUGCAGAUCUCCCCCAGCUGGACCACCGUCCUCCACCUGCUCACGGGCUACUCCUGGGAUCAUCUGACGCAGUGCAUCCAGCUCAUGUUACUGGCUCACGACAACGAUGUAAAGGAGGCCAACAAAUCCAAAUCUUCCCCUUCCGCCAGUCAGAGCCUCCAGCCGCAAGUUCACAUCCCCCACAGCCCCGCCACCCCGGCUCUGCAGAGGCAGCCCAUCUCCAGCUCCCAGCAACUGCUCCUCCAGGCCAGCAGAUACCCGCAGCUCCCCCAGCAUUCGCCGGCAUUAUCCCAGCUGCACAUGCUGGCUGACUGCCAGGUCCUGGGACCGGUGGGCUCUCGGGAAUAUCUGCAGCCCCAUCAGGCCGGUCUCCUUUCGGCCCCAAUACCGGCCAGCUCAUUCGCAUCUUUCCCAAGCUUGGCGUCGGGGCUACGAGGCUUGCCCCUCCAGGGUCCCAUCUCCAUGCAGGUGAGCAUGGUGCCUGAGCGCCACUGCCUCGGUCUGACUUACGGGAGUGGCUACUUGAGUUCCCACCACACAUUCACAGCUGGCUGCUUCGACAGGUGACGCUAGGACAGUGAGGACAAACUCAACCUGGGGCUGCCACUGUAUUAACUUGA